UCGUCCUCAUUCUCCAAUUUUCUUCCAACUUGGCAACCAGUUCCAGACAAUUCAAGCUUCGUCACCUUUUGGACCACUCAAGCAACAAUGCAGAUCGGCAUUUUUUUCUUGCUGCUCUCGGCUUUCGUAGCCGCUGAAGACGCCUGUCCUUCGACUGAGAUCGUGAAGUUCGCUGAGCUUUAUGCUAACCCACACCUGCAUCCGUGCCAGAAAGUCUCGGCUGGUUUCUCCUUGGCCCCACCAAAGGGCUAUCCGACAGACUCGCAAGUUCAGGCCAUGUGUGCAUCCGAUGACUGCCGUUCGCUAAUCGAAGACGUUCUCGCACUGGAGCCUGCGGAUUGCUACCUGUCGUUCGCCGGUGUGAAGCUGAACGCGUACAAGAUGGCCUGUUCCUUCAAAAAUGCUUGCAACGACAAGAGCCACGAAGACGACAAGCACGGAUCGACUCCGAAGCCCACCAAAAACUCGACACGGAGGCCGACUACACACUACCCAACGCCGAAGCCCACCGAUGAAAAGUACUAUCCCAAGCCAACCGAGAACGACAAGCAUUACUCGACUCCAAAGCCGACCGACGAAAAGUACUACCCGACUCCAAAGCCCACGGACGAUAAGUACCCGAAGCCGACAGAAGACGACAAGCACUAUCGCACACCGAAGCCCACGGAGGACAAAUACUACCCAACGUCAAAGCCGACGGAUGACAAGGACCACCACAAACUGGAUGAGCCGAUGAUUGUCAAGACCGACCAUGACGAUGAUCACUGCCCAACACACUGUGCUGAAAACGAGAAGGCGAAGGAAGCGGACAAUGUGAAACCUCCAAUGAACGGCACCGCUCUCGAGCUCUUCCCGAUGCCCAACACGACCUACAAGGCAACUGCGUCGCCCAAAGCGUAA